GUCAUUUCCAGAUUCCACGAACAGAUAAUCUCCAAGGUAUCUGUGGAGUUAAAGGGACGGGACUUUUUCCCUUCCCCUCUCUUCCCCAAGCAUCAGUCCAAGGGGAGGGAGGGGAUGAAAAGAGCCUGGGAGGUGGAAAAGUGGAAGAAGCUGGAAGAGUCUGGAGCUGAGGGGAGCCCCCGGGCGUGGGCCCUUGGGCGAGCUGGCGUCUGGAACCCGCCCUGGAGCUGCGCCCCAAGCUGCAGCGCGCAGUCAGCUCGCCGCCCAGGAGCAGCCUGGACGCUCCACUGUCGCUCUGGCACAAUCGCGGCGGGUUGGGGACCAGAGACCCUAAGCUUCGCUAGGGGGCAGCUGAGUUGAAAUGGAAUUGUACUAUAAACAGAUCACUAACUUCUCACAAGAUCAUGAAGUGAAGUGAGAAUGAAAACCAAAAUCUGAACCCAUCACCCCACGGACCCGGCCUGGUGCCACAGUCUCUCUGAGUUCGUAUGUGCUGCAGUCCUGUUGUGUCUUGAAGACCCUGUUUCCUCGUCCAGGCGGAGCCUUUGAGAUGGUGCUGUUCACACCAAGGGUAUUCAGUUUUCAACUAUAUUAACCUUUUAAACGAAAAAAAUGGAUUUUUUAAAUUCUUCAGAUCAAAACUUGACCUCUGAGGAACUAUUAAACCGAAUGCCAUCCAAAAUUCUGGUGUCCCUCACUCUGUCUGGGCUGGCACUGAUGACAACCACCAUCAACUCCCUCGUGAUUGCUGCCAUCAUUGUGACUCGGAAGCUGCACCACCCAGCCAACUACCUAAUUUGUUCCCUGGCAGUUACAGAUUUUCUUGUAGCUGUCCUGGUGAUGCCCUUCAGUAUUGUGUACAUUGUGAGAGAGAGCUGGAUUAUGGGACAAGUACUAUGUGACAUUUGGCUGAGCGUUGACAUCAUCUGUUGUACAUGUUCCAUCUUGCAUCUGUCAGCGAUAGCCUUGGAUAGGUACCGAGCCAUCACAGAUGCUGUUGAAUAUGCCAGGAAGAGGACUCCCAAACAUGCUGGCAUCAUGAUUACAAUAGUGUGGGUUAUAUCUGUGUUCAUUUCUAUGCCUCCUCUCUUCUGGAGGCACCAAGGAACUAGCCGUGAUGAUGAAUGUGUCAUCAAGCAUGACCACAUUGUUUCAACAAUUUACUCCACGUUUGGAGCUUUCUACAUCCCUCUUGUAUUGAUAUUGAUCCUCUACUACAAAAUAUACAGAGCAGCAAGGACACUAUACCACAAGAGACAAGCAAGUCGUAUGAUGAAGGAGGAGCUGAAUGGCCAAGUCCUUUUGGAGAGUGGUGAGAAGAGCAUUAAACUGGUCUCCACCUCCUAUACUCUAGAAAAAUCCUUAUCUGACCCAUCAACAGACUUUGAUAGAAUUCAUAGCACAGUGAAAAGUCCCAGAUCUGAGUUGAGGCAUGAGAAAUCUUGGAGAAGACAGAAAAUCUCAGGCACUAGAGAACGCAAGGCAGCCACUACCCUGGGAUUGAUCUUGGGUGCUUUUGUAAUAUGUUGGCUGCCCUUUUUUGUAAAAGAAUUGGUUGUUAAUGUCUGUGACAAAUGCAAAAUCUCUGAGGAAAUGUCAAAUUUUUUGGCAUGGCUUGGUUAUCUGAAUUCCCUUAUAAAUCCACUGAUUUAUACCAUCUUCAAUGAAGACUUCAAGAAAGCCUUCCAAAAACUUGUACGAUGUCGAUGUUAGGCAAGAGGAGGUCUAUUUUUGAAGGGUAAAGACUUUAUUUAUUGGGGGGGGAUAACUAAACGAAUGUAAAGUAAUAAAACAUUCAAAUUUUUAGAGAAAAUAUAUUAAGAUUGCUAAAAUUAUAACAGCAUAAAUUUAUUUUUAAUAGCUCCAAGAAAAUGAGAUUAAUUUGACCAUCAGUCUAGUGUCAUCAAAAUUAGGAAAUAAUUUUUGCAUCUUAUAAAUAAUCUUUUGUCUAUGCAAUAUGUCUAAAAAGAGAACUGGAAAAUUAUAUAUACAUACUACUUACAAUACUUUCCAGGUUUAUAUCUUACAAAAACUAGAGGAAUUUUCAAUUAACAUAUUUCCACUGGCAAUUUAUAUAUCAAUCCAUUGAUCAACUAGUAAUUCAUAGAAUAAAUAUUAUUCAUUGUAAUACCUCUCUUGUCCCUUCUCCAUCUUAUUUUUUGCAAAAGGCAAAGAGAAAGUAAUGGCAGCUCUUAUUUAGCCUGAGUAGAGUAGACAUGAAAUUCAGUGGCUUUGGUAUUAUCCUCAUAUUUGGACACCAAAAAUAACCAAACAGUGGGUUAAGUAUAGUAAAGUAUUUCAAUAUCCUGAACUUCUAUACAUUUGCUAUCCUCACUUUGUUUAAUAUCGGCUUCUAGAAUAAUAUCAUCAUAAUCAUAUAUCAGUAUUUGAAAUCAAAGCCCCAAGGGGAAGGUUUGUUAUGCAAUUAUUGUAUAAUUAUCACAGGCACUGUCCCUUUUUAAGGAAUAAAACUUUAAACACUAAGUACCCUAAGUUACUCACCAUAGCUAUCACACUUCUAAUAUAAAAUUUAUUUCCUCUCUACUAAUGUUAACAGCCCAGUUUUUACAAUUCAUCUCCAUGUCUUAAGAUUUGAACAUUAUUAUUUCCUUCUUAUUGUAAAAAAUACAAUGGGAAAUAUUAAAUAAUUAAAACUUUGCUUUGACAACAAAAAAGUCGGUUUUUCCAUUUUAAUAAGGAUACAUUUUAUAAAUCAAGACCAUCUGAAAAACAAUAUUAUACCACACCUUUUUUAGUUGCCACUUCUUGUACAUUAUAAAAUAUUCUUUUCUGGUGGAGUGUUUAAGAGUACAUCACCUUUUAUAUAUCUGUGAGACAUUACCCUUGGUUUAGCAAAUAUCUAGAGGUGAGACUUUAUAUAAGGCAAUGAAAAAUGUACUAGAUAGAAGAUAUAGGAAAUAAUAAAACAUAAAUUCUUCCAUCAAUGUAGCUAUAAUCUAGAAGAAGAAACAAUGCAGAAUUAAAACUAUUCUAGAAGGUAAUAAACAAGGAUCUAGCAAAUGAGUUAUUUAUAUACUUGUGACAAUGUUGAGAAAAAACUGAUCAUAUCUGGUUGAAGAUCACUGGGAAUUUUUCAUAAGCUGUAUAUCUGAAAUGUGUGUCAAAUAAAGCAAGAUUUGGGCACGAGCAAAUGAAAGGGCAUAGUCCACAAGGUGACAACAUAAAGAGUUCAGGCUUUGCCAUGCAAGGAUUGUGGCCCAUGCCAUGAACUUAUUAGCCAUUUAAGGCAACAAUGGAAAUCAAAGGUUUAAAGGGAAAAAUGAAUAUUGGAAAUGACUUUUAAUGUCAGGAAAAGUAAUACACUGCCAAUUUUCUUGCUUCCCUUGAGUUAUCAGUGAUGAUUUUCAAAAUAAUACAAGCUUGGAAGAAACCUAAAAUGAAUGGGGUAGAGGGAAAAAGCUUCUGCUCUAGAUAUGAGAGGCCAAGAGAGUGCUGGAGAAAAUUGUCUUCUUGCUAGAAACCAAACCAGUAGUCCAGGCAAUGGGUGAUGACUUGCUAAUCUUAAUCCUGGCAAUGGAAAUAAAAGGAAGGAAAAGAUAAGUGAAGAUACAGAAGUGGGGUCCAUAGAUCUCAGCAAAUACUGCAGUAAGACAGUAGGACAGGCUGAGCUCCUAAGGCCAUCUUUGCCUGAUUAACCAGCAGUAUCUCUUGGUAAACAACGACUUUUGCAGAAGUGUGGAAAUUGCAGAUGUGCCCAAGCUCAUAGGCACUAUACUGUCCACUCCCGGCCUAAGCAAAGCUGACAUAUAACUGAGAUUAGAUGUUCCCUGGCCUCCGCUCUGACAUCAGUCGAGGAUCCCACCUCACUUUGUCCUCACACCACUCACUCCACCUCCACUCCCAGGCCGUGUGUCUCCCUAUCGCUCUCUGCUUUCUUCUAUUACCCUUCCGUUUGCCAACGUUUGAUUCUGUGACUUACUCAAUCAAAGACCUUCCCAAAGUCAUUUCUGCACAUCUCAGAAGCUUACAUUGAGAAAACCCUUUUCACUGUUCGUUUGUUAGAGACAGGGUUUCUCUGAGUAGCUCUGGCUGUCCUAGAACUCUGUAGUCCAUGCUGGCCUCGAUCUCAGAGCACCUGCUUCUGCCUCACACGCGCUGGGAUUAAAGAUGCAUGCAGCUCCGCCACCUGGCGGGAAAACUCUUAAAAGACACAAACCACCAACUAUUUCAAGCAAAGUAAACCAAGGAUCUGAGUUGGACCGGAUGUAGAAAAAUAGUGUCAUAAGUGACAAAGACGUUGCAUCUAUCUCCUUUCAGAGCUCCAGGGAGAAUCAAAUUAACUUGCUCUGUGUUGAAGAGACAUCAUUUAAUCCAAAGGGUCUGCGGCAUAGUCCACUAACAGUUCAUCUACAUUUGAACCACAUGUGAGGUUUCAGGCUUUGUCAUCACUAAUGAACAAGUAUCAGUGAUGUCCCUUCAACAUCUUUAAAUGGUGGCAAUAUAGGGAAUGUCAACCUCAGAUUUGCACUUCCUUUGCAAUGUAUGCAGAAAGCAUUACUGUUAACUCAAAAUGUGCACACUUUAUCCUUUGAACAAAAAAAUAAAUAAAUUCUAAGUAGCUAAAAUCUGUCACAAAGGGAAAAAUGCAAUACAGCUGUUUGUUUACUUCCUAGUAGAAUCUUACUAUAGUGGCACCAUAAAAUCAAAGUUUUUAUUCUAUUAAGUGACUUCCUAACCCUCUUCAAAUGAAAAAUGCACUAAAAGCAAAGACCAGACACUGAAGGAAUAAGGAAGUUAAAUAAGUGGAUAUUAAAAAUCAGUCCAGUAUGCCAGUAAACAUAGCCACAUGCGGACUGUGUCUGAAAUGGCAUGUGCUUAUUAAACAUGAGCUUUAUUUUAAGUUUAGUUUAAGAACAUGAACUGUUCUGGCAACGGUAGUGCACACCUUUAAUCUCAGCACUUGGGAGGCAGAGACAGGAGGAUUUCUGUGAGUUCGAGGUCAGCCUGGUCUACAGAGUGAGUUCCAGGACAGUUAGGGCUAUGACACAGAGAAACAAAAAAAGAAUAUGAACUGUCUGGACCAACAUGUUUUAUUUUGUUUUGUUUGGUUCUUUUGUUUUGUUUUACAAGACCCAUCACAAAUAUCCAGUUAGUGAAAAAUGAUGAGCCCAUCUUUAAGAACAGCCUCCUUUAUGAAUUUACAAAACAAUUCUUACUUUGGCUUCACUAAUUUUGAUUCCUUAGCUGUCUGCACCAUAUGCGUCUUCUUUGCUUACAUCAUUAUGUCAAUAACAAAUUUAUUCCCUCACUGUAGGCUAAACCCCAUAGUCACAAUCUCCAUUUAAUCGUGUGCCUUUUGCCAAAAGUUUUUAAUAGAAAUAAGUUGGAAAGUAAUUUAAAUCCAAUUGCUAUGAAAUGUGCUCGUUUGUUCUCCCGACACCAUGAAGGCAGACAUGAUCACAAAUUCAUUGCUGAUGAUGUGUGUUUUGCUUGAGGUAUGAAAUCAUUUUCUUGUGAAUGUACAGACUUUUUUUAUUUCUAGGUCAGAGAAUCUGGUUUCCUAAAUUGUGCAGUUGAAACAUGAAUUUUUUUCUUAAUAUAUCCCAAAGUCCUUCAAAAAUAACUCUGCUUACUUUAAAAUGCAUCCCUAUUAAAGUAGCUUGCCCCAGAUAUAUGCUUCUACUGUCUUCCUCAUAACCAAGUGAUCAUGCUCAGACCUUUACCAUAAAAUAUUUCUGUAAUCAAGUUAAUAUUUUUGAAAUAAAUAAAGUAUUUUCUAAGGA